GUUUUCUCCCUUAAAAUUGAAUCUGCCCAAUAUCUAUAUUUGUGAAGUGUCAAGCUACGUUUGUUUAAAUAAUUGUAAUCAUUUCAACGGCUUGGAUCGAUUUAUGAAUAAAAAAAAUUGUGCAAAUGUCAUAAAAUUGUGGCACGCCUUCUGGUCAAAAUAAUGGAUAAAUUUCUUCAGCAAUCCAAAAAUCUUGUGGAUAACCUCUGCCCAGGGUCUUUAGUGCAUGUUGUCAUCGGAAACGAGGCGUGUGACCUAGACUCUGCUGUGUGCGCCAUUGUUUAUGCGUUCUAUCUUAGUCAGAGAGAGAAGGACUCAAGCAUCUUGGUUCCUGUCUUAAAUAUCCCCAAGAGUCAGUUCAGAUUAAGAACAGAGACCACAUACUUCUUCCAGAAACUUGGUAUCCCAUUGGACAGCCUUGUUUUCAGGGACAAUUUAAAUUUGAGUGCUCUUCAGAAGGAAGGGAGGCUACUCCUCACACUAGUAGACCAUAAUUGUCUCCCUAGCGCUGAUAGGGAUUUAGAAGAGUGUGUGGUUGGAGUAAUUGACCAUCAUGUGAAGGACAACAAAUACAAGGAAAGUGUCAUACAGAAGCUUGACUUUGUGGGGUCCUGCUGCACCCUGGUUGCAGAAAAUCUUCUGAGUGAUCCAGAUUUCUCCAUAGAUCCAAUUGUUGCAGAACUUCUUAUUGGCACAAUACUGGUUGAUACUGUAAACAAAUCUGUGCAAGCUGGGAAGAUAACUCCACGAGAUGAGGCAGUCUUGGCAGAGUUGUUGCCCUUGGUUCCUGAUAUAAAGGGAGACAAUCUGUUUGAAGAACUCCUGGCUGCAAAACUGGAUUUAAGCGGUCUCACAGUAAUGGAGCUCCUACAGAAGGACCUGAAGAUGGUCACCGGGGCAACCAUGAACAUCGCCAUGUCUUCUGUUGGCUUGGGGAUGCAGGACUUGCUAGCCAGGCCAAGGUUUGAAGAAGAUUUGGAUCAAUUUUGUGCUGACCAGAAUGCCCAGGUGGUAGUCAUCAUGACCAUGACAAUGGAUGAGCACAGCCAGCCUCACAGGGAGAUAUCUGUCUACUCCAAGGACAGGAUAUAUAGGGAUCAGAUAUCCGACGUGUUGGACAAUUCAGGGGAGGUAGACCUGGAACUUGAACUUCUGCAGUCGCCAUUUGCUGAUCUCACUUUGUAUCGUCAAGGAAACGUUAAGGCUUCCCGUAAACAAGUCUUGCCCAUCUUGAAGUCCUUCCUACAUGGUGAUGUCACACCUGACGUCAGCAGCAAGGAGUUUGUGAGACAGACAUCAGUUGCUAAGGCAACUGAGGGAUUCAGUCACUUUGACCCUGUGACCUCCUCUGUUCCAGAGGAAAGUCCAGAGGUCAAUAAUGAGGUCGUAUUUGAUCUAUCGUUUUCGACUGGUUCUGAAAGUGAAAUGAAGAUGAGAAGUGUUGAUUUUGGUAGCCCUGAUGACAGUCUGAAAAACCUUAGCAAUAGUGCCAUUGAGUUUGAUCCCUUUUCUUCCUUAAAUGAUGUUGCUGGUGAUAGACUUGUUCAGAAUAUUGGUCAGGAUAAAAGUAAGGGGCAAGUAACUUCUGGCAAGCCAGCUUCCAGUUUAUUCUUAUCCUCUGCUAAUUCCAUUAAUUUACUGGACUUUGUGAUAUCGGAUAGUGAGUUGGUUGAUCCGUUUAGUUCAGUUGACUCGACCAAUAUGAGUGCUAAUGAUCCCAAAAGGGAGCUAUCUGUUGAUAAGGUUGAUAUGAAAGAAAAGGAACCAGGAAAUGUUGAGAGGUCGGAAAAUGAGAUGGUACCUACUGUAGAUCAAUUAAUGAACACUGAUUCUAAAACAGACAAUAAUACUACAGCUGACAUAGAUUUUUCCCCUACCUCAAAUACCCAUGCUCAAAACAACUUCGACAGUGCCAUUUGGGCUUUCAACAGCACUAUAAAUGAAAACUCAUUUAUUCCUGAUCGUUCACAAGAUUUCAAUGUCUUUGAAUCCAAAAUAGUAAAAAUUGAUUCUGCUAGUCUCUUCAAUCAUGGGGAAUCUAGUUUUUUGUUUGACAAUGUGUCCAUAGAUGAUCAGUCAGAGGCAAAAGCAGACAUUAAAAGUAGAUCAGUGGAUUUACUUGGCUUAGGGACCAUGUCUGUGCAUAAACCAGCAGAGAAAUCAGCCAGCUUGAUAGUGGAGUUUGACCCACAGUCGCAGGCUGAUAAUUUGGCUGAACUUGACGAGGCAGAUUUCUUUGAGAAGGUCUCCACGCCUGACCAGCAUAAUUCUGGAGAAAAUAGCCCAUUCGUCAAUUCAGGAAUAAGUACGCCGUACGAAUUCAGCUCCUUGUACCAUUCAAGGACAGAGUCAGAGUCUGGAUUGGCUCCCCCAAACAGUCUAAUGGAUCGUGGUAUUGAUGAGGGCGGUCAAGAUUUUCAUCUUCCAAGUUUUAACAGUGCUGAGAUGGUCGAACGAAUCCACAAAAAGAAGGCAUCCAUUGGGAACACGUUUGAUUUGCUGGUUCCGGACCCGUCUGAACUUGAAGAAGGACUGUUGAGCGCAAGUACGCCAUACACGCCCCAAAACAGCUUUCGGGAAGAUGCUGACCCAUACUUGCUCAGAGACGUGGAACUACCGAGUUUGAACAACUCUGACAUGGUGGAAAAGGUUCAGCAGAAAAGGAACUCAAUGGUCGCAGGACUGGAUGACACCAAUGAUGUGGGAGGAAUUUUGUUUGGAUAUACGCCAACCAAUCAGAGUGCUCAACUUGACUCAUCUGAAAAUCCCUUUGGUAAUUUCGCCAAUCAAGUCCCAUGGGAAAGUACAGAAGUUCCAUCUGAUCAAAGUAGUAAAAAUCCGUUUUUCUCUUUGAACAAUGACAAAGACAUGGACCAUACUGAUUCUUUGGAGCAUGUUCCCUUUACACCAAUGAACACUUUUGUUGAUGUGUCCGGUGCCGAGUUCAUGAAACAACGAAAUUCCUUGUCAGACCCUGACUUGAUGGUAAAACUGAACAGUUUAAAGCGGAACUCAGAAGGUGCUAUAACACAGCUGGGAACCAAUCCAUUUGAAGACUUUGGUGCGGGUAUUGAUGCUGGAGAAGCGAAUCAACCUUCACAGACUGGUUCACAAGAUGUAUGGGAUAUAUUUGGGGGAGGAUAUAAUGAAAAUGUGACGCAGUCUGAAAAUGAGGACAACUUGAACCCUUUCAUGAACUUUUCUGAUAAUCCCAUCACUUUUCCAGCAGCGGACGUGAACAACAUUUUUGGUGUCAAUGAAAGUGAACCAAUUGAAAACCUCAGUAGAGAAAACUUGGCACAUUAUGGUUCUAAGGAGACAUUAACUAUUUCAGAACUUCAUGAUAAGGCUAACAUCGAAGCAGCAAAUGUUGUUGCACAAAACGUUGCCAUAGAAAUCAUUCAGGAUGCUAUGGAAACGUUUCCAAAUCUGACCCAUCCCGUGAUAGCUCAGCAAGUUACCACUGAGGUCAUGGAAAUAUCUGGAUUGGUUGGAAUUGCUGCGGAUUCCGGACAAGAUGUGAUUGGAUCAAACGAACCUCCAAAACCAGUUCCCACUGAGAGCCCACGCUUACGGACUGACUACUCCAUCGAGACGGACUACCUUCCCAGCAUGGACCCUUUGCACGGCAGUCUGAACAUGAUAGCCUCGUCUGCAAAUUCACGAUCCGUAGAAACGGAUGCUGAGAAAGAGGUAGUUGAGAGUGAAUCAUUUAGAAAAGUCAGUUGUACAGAAAUCAACACACAAGAAAUUAAAACUAUCUCUGACCUUCCUGAACUGAAAGCUGCAAUCAAGGACACCAUUCAAGAGUUGAUCUUUGAAAACAACAUGCAAGAAGCCAUGGACACAUUUGAAGAACCUUAUAAAUCUGAAGAAAAUACUUUAUGGAAUGAAGGCAUUUCAGGUGAAAAAGAUGAUGUUCGAAAUAAAGAAAAAGAAAUCCCACAUGAUGAUGAAUAUCAGGCAGACACCUUUGAUGCAGGGUUAGUGCCAACAUCUGAUGAUGAAAAUGAGCUUAUUCAUUCACAAAUCGAUCAUGUUGAGCACAUUAUUUUACCUGAAAAGUCCAGCGAGAUUUCAACAACUGAAAUUCUUAUUCAUCAAGCUACUGACUCAUUUGAGGAAGAGAUCCCCGAAAUGAACGACAUGGCUAUACAAACUGAUAAAAUAGUUGGAUCUGUGCCGGCAUCUUUUAAAAACACACAAGCACAUACUGAUGGAAGCAGUGCCUUUGAUCCAAUGAAUACUUCUGCAAUAACAGAAGAGAGGUGCUCUAAUGAUGCAGCUGAUGAAACUUAUAAUUACAAUCAGAUUUUUAAUGCUGGAGACGAUGAACAUGAUUCUGAUGUUGAUGUUGAAAAUGAUGAAACAACUGGUAUGUACAUGGGAAGAACUACUAACUUGACUGUUGAUACAGCGUAUGCCUCUGCUGCUGUGUCAAAAUUAACUGGCAAAUCCCCAAUAGAAGUAUCUCCAGAUUAUGUAGAUACAAUUGUAGGGUAUUAUGCUGGGACUGUAGAUAGUGUUGAUGAUGCUGUUCAUAAAAAUGAAGUUAAUGUAGGAGAAAUUGUGAAGACCAUAACAGAAGAAUCUGCAGAUUUAGACUGUUUUGAAUGUGUAAGUAAUGACACAGAUGGACUCAACAUUGAUAGUGACAUGGCUGACCCUGUAUCUGCUAACAAACAACUAAUAGAAGAGGUACCAUAUUCUCUUGACAAACAUGAUGACAUGUUUGGUAAAUUUGAGCACCAAUUGGUAGACACAAAUGAAACUUUUGAAAACAUGUCCUUAAGUGAUUCUUCACCUGAGAAUAUAUUGGAUUUAGCGGCAAAAGAGGAUGCAAUAAUACUUGAUGAUAACAGGCAGGUAGAAUAUGGUCAAAAUGUCAGAUCCAUGUCACCAAAUGCAAAGAAACAUAUGCUAGAAAAAGCAACAUUUUCUCUUGAAGAACUAGGAGAUAUGUUUGAUAACUAUGAAAAGCAGUUAGAACUCAGGCAUGAAUUGUACAAAGUUGUUUCUUCGAGUGAUUCAUCCCCAGAAGAGAAUACGGCAUAUGCUCAGAAAACUCUGUGUUUGUCAACUGAAUUUGAAAGGGAAAAUACUGCAAGUACAGAUAGAGAAGACCUAGAAAAUGCUACAAGAGAAAAGCAAGAUUUUUCAUACCUUCUUGAAGAAGACUUUGAAAAUCAGUUUGAAAGGGGUGCUACUGCUGCUAGUUUGCCUGGAACGCACACUAUGUCUACAUGGAAGCAAGAAAAUCACCUAUUUGUAGAGUUAGAUGAUGAGGAUAUAAAGCAAGAUUCUGAAAGUAUGAUUGAAGAGGAAGACCUUGACUCUUUUCAUCAUGUUAUGGACACUUUCCCAGAUGAUUCAGUAGAGCCUUACUAUGAAUCUGAAAAUGUUGAUGGUCAAAACCAGGCUGGUAAAAUUGAUGAAAAUGUUUGGGAUGAUUUAAAAGAUGAACCUGAAAAUUCAAACAGUCAGGAGCAUGUCCAUAGAAACAAUGGUGACAUGGUUGAACAUGAAUCGAAAGAUGAUGGCCAUCAGGAUAUUAAAGGAAAGAUUGGUGAAUUUAAUGCUGAUUAUAUUGAAUCUGAAAGUCUUGACAAUCUUAAUCAUGCAAAUAGAAUUGAUGAUACUAGAUAUUUUGGUGCAUAUGAAUCUGAACAUGCUAACCAUCAGGACCAAGAUGGUGGUAUUGAAGAAGUGUAUGAUGAUCAUUUUAUAGAUGAUUCUGAAAGUGUUGAGAGUCAGGACCAUGUCUAUAAAAUUGAUGAAGAUGAUGGGGAUUUUGCUAAAUAUGAAUUUAAACAUCCUGACCAUGUGCAUGAUGAUAUGAAUAAAAAGGAUGAUGUUGAUUUUAAAGAUGAUUCUGAAAGGUUUGGCAAUCAAGAGCAUGUAGAAAGAUAUGAUGAUGAUACAGUCGAAGAUGAUGAUGAUUAUGCUACAGAUGAAGCCUAUACAAAUCAAGAUAAAUAUGAAUCUGAAAGUGUUGAUAGCCAGGAACUUAGAGGCAGAAUUGAUAAAGAUGAUGGAGAUUUUGGUAAACCUGAUUAUGCUUACCAUCAGGAUUAUGAUGGUAAUAUAUGUGAAGAUUAUGAUGGCCAUGUUAAAGAUCAUUCUGAAAGUGUUUACCCUUCUUACCAUGAUGACAGAUUUGAUGCAGACCAUGAGGAUUUAAGUAAAUAUGAAUCAGAAGAUGGCCAGGACCAUGCUCAUGAUAUUGAUGACGAUGAUGAUGAUGAUCAAAUUAAAGAUGGCUCUGAAAGUAUUGACAGCCAGGACCAUGCAAAUAGAAUUCAUGAGGAUGAUGGUGAUUUUGCUAAACAUGAAUUUAAACAUGACCAUGGCGGUAGAAUUGAUGAAGAAGAUGAUGAUCAUGUUAAAUACCAAUGUGCUAGCAAAGAAAGCAUUGAUGAAGGUGAUGGUGAUCAGGUAGAUUAUGGACCUGGAAGUGUGUGCGUUCAAGACUAUGAAGGCAGAAUGCAAGAUGAUGGUAAAUCAGAAAAUGUUGAGAUUGUGGUAAAGUCUUUUAUUAAUGACAAUGAUGGUGGUGAUUGUGUUCAAAAUGAAUAUGAACAAGCUGAUUAUCAGAACCAUGCAGAAAGGAUUGAAGAUGAGGUUGUGGAUAGUAGUAGGGAAAAGGAUAAUAGGAAGCAGGAUGGUAACAUGUAUGAAUUUGGCGGUGAAGCUGGUCAUCAGAUACAAUUGGAAUAUGAUGCAAAUGAAAACAUUGAAUUGAAUGAUAGUUCAACUACUAGCUUUGAUGAUGGAGUAAAUGAUAUUAUGUUUAACUUCAAGAGUGAUCAUAAAAUAAAGCUCAAAGAUUUUAAGAGGGGAGGAAGCGAAACUACUUCAACAGCUGAACAUAAUAGUAUAAGCCCAGAUUCCAGUAAUAGUUUUCCUUCCAGUCCUACAGAUAGUGACAACUCUGAACUGGUAACAGUGAUGGAAAAUGAAAUAAAAUAUAAACAUGACCAAGAAAAUUACAGUCAGGACAGAGCCUGGUUUGUUCAAUCUAAUGUAGUUCAAGAUGAUAAAAAUAGAAGGGAAACACAUAAUUUAGAUUUAUAUCAAAAUAAAUCUGAAGAAGACGUUUCAGAUCAUGAUUCACAUUUAGCAGGAAGUGGACAUAUUCUUGCCAGUGAUAUUGGACAAAACAAGUGA